GAUUGUGAGUCUGAGAAAGUGGAAAAAACAAACUGUAUCUCUGAAUAAUAUCCUUAAACUUUAAAUGACACAUUCUGGCUGUUCUGUGGAAAAGUAUUUUGAUAAUUAAUGUCAUAUUUUUCACAGUUUUUAUUGAAAACAUCUGAUUUAGUGUGUGUGCAUGUGUGUUUAGAAUGUUCCCUGUAGAACUGAAGAACUCAUAAAGAAUUCUAGAACUCUUCAUACCAUGUUUAAAAAUCAACAACAUCUGUAGAAUAUCUUCAUUAGACGGACAUCGGCUGAACUGACAACACCUCUAGUGUUAUAUAAUAUUAGUAUAGAUUAUUAUCAGAACAACUUAAACAAGUAAGUAUUCUUCCUUUCUUUCUCUCUCUGUAGCUCACAUUACCACCUGUUUCUUCUCUUUUUUUUCAGCUUAGUUAGAAAGUGAUCAACAAAGAAAAAUGGCAGAAAGUAGUUUCGAGUUAUCAUUUUCUUCUUCUGCCCGUGAUGCAAACGAGCUGCCCACUGACUUCAAGUUCAUGAAGCUUCUGGGAGCGGGCACUUUUGGAAAAGUGGUGAGGUGUUUGAAGAAAGACACCAAUCAGACCGUGGCUGUUAAGAUCCCCAAGUUUCUGGAAGAAGACAGCACUGAGGUUUCCACAAUGGAAAAGUUAAUGUGCCAGAAACUGGACCAGUCCAACAUCAUCCAGUUCUUAGGCUGGUUUGAUACCAGUGUUGGGAAGGCCAUGGUGUUCGAGUCUCUCGACAUCAGCUUGGAGGACUUCAUCCGAACGGGAAAAUGUCUCCCCAUGCAGCUGAGUGAUGUCAGUUUUAUUAUCCAGCAGGUAAGAACACACACAAACUCUGAAAUAAACUAUAAUAUAUCAAUAUCUGAAAUACACAGAGAUAAUGCAAUGUUUCUCAAAAUAGCUGCUGCAUAAGAAUAACAGUGCAUGAUUAUUAUUUGACUAUUUAUUUAUUAUUUUUUAACUAUUUGGUUGUUUUAAUUCUUUGUUAUGUAUCUGUAGACAUUUUGUGUUAUUUCUGAAAAAAUAUUUCUUUCUUAUAUUUCUAAUUUUCAUUCAUUCAUUAACCUUAUCUGCUUAUCCGCACUCCGGUUGCGGAGGGCUGGAGCCGAUCCCAGCUGACAUUGGGCGAGAGGCGGGUUACACCCUGGACUGGUCCCCGGACCAUCGCAGGGCUUAUAUAAUAUAGAUAAAUAAAUAUAAUUUAUGAUAAGAACACUUUAAACCAUCGUACUUCCUCUGACACGCGUCCUUUUUGUCCUCACAGCUCGCCACGGCGUUUGACGCUCUAAAGGGCAUCGGGCUGAUUCACACUGACUUGAAAC